CAGGUGCAUCCGAGAUCUCUAUAUUACACUGUAGCAGGUAAAGCCAGUGAUUUUGUAGCUCCGACCACCUGGGUGGCGUUACAGUGGGAGUGAACAUACAGUAACAAUAUUGAGAGAAUCCAAUGAGGGUGCAGCAAGAUGAUGAUGCCCCCCCACCACCCCGCGAACCACUGCGCCUGACGCACUGGAUUGAAAGUCUGUGUGCAUGUGGGGCCCCUUAAAGAGGUGCGCCGACCAGACGGCAGAGACUUUCUCCGUUGAAGAAUCAGCGAGAUGAAGAGCAGCGCCAACCCGGCACCAUGCGCUCCAGGCUCCCACGGACCGCCUGCCUACUGCGACUCAUCGCGCUCUGCAUCCUCCUCUCGCACUCUGCAGCUUAUUUUGGGCUGACAGGUCGAGAGCCCUUGGUGUUUUUACCAGGUCCGUUUUCCAAUGAAGCUCCGACAGGCAAGGCCCACCUAAAGCAGUGCGAGCAGAUGACUCUGACCAGGCGGCAGAAGAGACUGUGUCGCAGGGAACCUGGUUUGGCCGAGACGCUGCGGGAGUCGGUGCGCCUCAGCCUUCUGGAGUGUCGGUAUCAGUUCAGGAAUGAGCGCUGGAACUGCAGUCUGGACGGCCGAGGGAGCCUCCUGAAAAGAGCGUUCAAGGAGACUGCCUUUCUGCUGGCGGUGUCCUCUGCGGCGCUGACCCACGCGCUCGCCAAAGCGUGCAGCUCAGGUCGGAUGGAGAGGUGCACGUGUGACGACUCCCCCGGCAUCCAGCACCGGGAAGCGUGGCAGUGGGGGGUCUGCGGGGACAACCUGAAAUAUAGCACCAAGUUCCUAAAGAAGUUCCUCGGCCAGAAGAGGGUCAGCAAGGACCUGAGGGCUCAGGUCGACGCCCACAACAUCAACGUCGGAAUUCGGGCAGUGAAGAGCGGGCUGAAAACAACCUGCAAGUGUCACGGCGUCUCCGGCUCUUGCGCCGUGCGGACUUGUUGGAAGCAGCUGUCCCCUUUCCACGACACCGGGCGGCUGCUGAAGUAUCGAUACGAUACCGCGGUGCGAGUGCUGAGCGUCACCAACGCGGCCACCGGGGAGACGGAGCUCGCGGGCCCCCGUCGACACGGCCAGAGCCUCCGCACCACUGACCUGGUCUACCUGGAAGAGUCCCCCAGCUUCUGCAGGCCCUCCCGCUACUCCGCAGGUACGGGCGGCCGGUCGUGCGCCAAAGACACCAGCUGUCAGAGCCUGUGCUGCGGACGUGGUUACAACACAGCCAUGCGCCUCACCAGCCUGUCCUGCCACUGCCAGGUGCGCUGGUGCUGCCACGUGGAGUGCCAGACGUGCGUGAGAGAGGAGGAGGUGUACACAUGUAAAAACGCAUAACAAACGAAGAGAUAGAACAAAUAUAGGCAGUGCGCAAAGAAAGACAUGGCUGAACUAUAAGCUCCUGUAUUCACUGAGGGACCUCGCAUCAGAGCAUGUCUUUGCAGAUCUCCGCUCUGACCCGCAUGUUAUUUGGGGAGGAACAUACACUUGUAACAUUAUAAUAUUGCUGGUUAUUUGCUAAUCGUCACUGAUUUGAUAUGCAGCAGCUUACUGUAGGUGAGGAUGUUUUCAAACUGCUCUGCUUUUCUCUCGCUGGAUGCACUGAAAACGCCGCUCUUCUGGGACAGAGGGAAGCAAGCUCUUAAAACAGGUACUGGACUGGACUGGAUGGCACCAGCAGUACGACGUCAGACCCCCGUCUGCAGUGGGACCGACAGUGACUUUGUUGUAUUGUAAUUGCAUUGGCUCCUUCCACUUGACUAUUUAUUGCAUCAGUCAUGGUGUCUGUUGUCCUGCUGCUUUACCUUAUCCUUUUUGUCAGUGAGUGUUGCCACUGAGGCUGAAAUGGCCUUAAAAGGAAUCCACCUGUCUGUCUUCUUGUCUGCUGUGUUUGGGUUCAUUUCUGAUUAAAAAGCACUUAAGUUGCCCUCGCUACUCAUGAUAGAAAGUGUAUAAUUAAUCAUAGAAGUUAGAAAAACUGUUUAAAUAUAUGUUGAAAUAGAAUCACUGGAAGCUUUGAGGGGUGGUUGAUGCCACUGAUAUACAUUGUACCCACCCGCAUUAACACGGUUAUUGUGGAAAGAAACAAGCUGGGUUUCAGUUGCUCUUAUGGAAAUGUCUAUGGAAAUCUCUACAUGUAGCCUAAUGUGUGCUCCACACAACAAAGGGAAAUACCCUGGGGUAAUAGUAAAGGAAACACCAAACACUGUCUUUGAAAAACAAAGAAUGAAAAACACUUCUGAACGUACCAGCCCUCCUCUUGUUCUUCCUCUAUUAAUAGAAGCACACACACUAUGCUACACUUUCAAGCUUGAAAUCGCCUGACCGAACCAUUUGGUCUUCAAAGUCUAAUUUAGCCACAUCUUUGUUCUAAAUGCCUUUGAAGUGGGCUAAUCACGCUCCUUAUUUUCCCAAAUUGCUAAUCAAAGAAAAUCACCAUGUUUACUCUUGUGCGCUUGCAUCCGAGACAGCUUUUCUGCGUCCAUGUGUGCGGGUCAGAAGUGCACGUUGGACCCAAAGGGUUUAUUUCACUGGCCAGUUUAUGUCUUGCUUGAGUGAUUCUGGGCUGUAUAUAUAAUAUGAAUAUAACUCAUGUCAGGGCUGCAGGCGUGUGACAAUGUGGAAUCAUAAUUUUCUACCUCACUUCAUCUUUUGGCAAAAAUCAGUCAGAUUUAUGAGCUAUGCAGAGUUGUGUCCUAUCCUUUGUUUUAAAGAUCAUAUGUUAGAUUUUUUUGUACAGUUCUUUUGAAUUUGGUAAUAUAUGUCCAUAUUUCAAAAGCAAAUGUUUUUUUUUAAUCUUGCUGCAUUACAUUCUUAUUUAAAAUAAAUAAGAUGAAUAAAUGGACGUACAU